AUGCGGGCGUCUUCUUCCAACUCGCGGUGGAAGAUGAGGCAGGGCAAAGACAUGUUUGCCCGCGAGGCCAAGGUGCAGGGACUCAAAAGCCGGGCUGCGUUCAAGCUUCUAGAGGUCGCCGUCGAACGCACAAAGCCCAAUGGCCAGAUCCUGGGAAUUGACAUCAUACCCGCGCAGCCGCCCAAGGGUGUCUCGACGAUCCAAGGCAACUUCCUUUCGCCCGAUGUCCAGGGUAUGGUGAAAGAUUACCUCUCACGAGCCAGGCACCGCAAGAAGACCUCGCCGCAGGCAGAGGAAGAGGAUGAGCAAGAGAACGAAGCAGAAAGCUCGUCUAAAGAUGGUGAGGCUAUAGUUAUUGAGGAAAAACCGAGCUACAUCGACAUGGAGAGGGCAGCGUCCGAGACUACAAGUGUCGCCAAUGAUGGAGUGGAGGCCAAGAAGGGUCGGUUGGUGGAUAUUGUGUUGAGUGAUAUGUCAGCACCUUGGGACCAGACCAGUGGAUUCGGCGUGAACAGUCUUAGUAAUCCCUAUCACAGGAUGAUGAAUACGAGCGGCAUGGCCUUCCGAGACCACGCCGGAAGCAUGGUACGUAUUCUACCCUUCCCUACCACCGAUGAAGUUACUAAGGCGCGGCGCAAGGAUCUCUGCGGAGCGGCACUACAGUUCGCCAACGACACGCUCAGGAACGGUGGGCAUUUUGUCUGCAAAUUUUACCAGGGUUCUGAGGAUAAAGAGUUUGAAAAGAAGUUGAAAACGUUGUUUGCCAAGGUCUUUCGAGAGAAGCCAGAGUCAUCUCGCAGUGUAUGGAUAGAGAGCCGCAUCGUAGGCUGGAUGAUGCUGACGCAGUUGCAGGACUCAAAAGAGGCGUACUUUGUGGCGCUUAGAAGGAAGGGAAACGUACACCUGGAGGGUGAUGCUUUGUAA